CCGAGCAAAGGAUGAAAAGGAAGGAUUCCCAGCAUCUUUUGGAGAAACAGCCUUUUACAUAGUGUCUUCAUGGCAUUUAUUUCUUCAGCAUAUCUAUACUGAGCAUAUGCCAAAUAUUGCUCUAGGUACUGGGGACAUGGUGGUGAAUAAAAAAUUAUAGUGCAUGCUCUCAGAGAGUUUAUAUUCUUGUGGGGAGAGGCAGGAAAUAAAUGAGAACAUAUCAGAUAGUAUAACAGAGAGAGAGACAUGGGUAGUCAGGGAAGGCUUCUCUGAGAUGACAUUCAGGCUUAGACUUGAAUGGCAAGGAGUCAGCUCUGCAAAGACUCAGAGGAAAAGCCUUGUAGACAGAAGGAACAGGAAGUGCAAAGUCCCUGAGGCAGCAAUGGGCAUGGUCAUUUUGAAGAAUAGCAAGGAAGCCACCAUGGUUGAGAGCUGUUGAAGUGAGGUGGGAAUGGGGGGAGGGGCCGACUGUGGAUUCCUGUAGGCCCCAUGGGAAGGAUGCGGAAUUUUAUUCAAACUGCAAUGGCAAGCUGUUGGAGGGUUUUAAGCAGAGAUGAGACACGAUCAAAUUUAUGUUACACGACUGGAUAGGGAGUGGACAGUAGGGAACGAGAGCAGAAACAGGGAAGCCAUUUAGGAGGCCACUGAUCGAUUUGGUGGGGGGAUUGGGAAAGAGAAAUCAAGGGCUCCUAGGUUUGUGGCUUGAUCUGCUGAGUGGACACGGAGGCCAUUUAAUGCAAUGGGGACAAUAGGGUUAGGAGUUGGGUUGGACAAUGGGUGGAAAUCAGGAGUUGUGUUUUGACCAUGCUUAGCUGAAAUGCCGGGUAGGCAACCAUGUGGGGCUGAGUAGGCAGUCGAAUAUUCCAGUCUGGAGUUCACUGGAUAGCUUAGGGCUUGUGAGAUACGCACACAUUUGGAGUCAUAAACAAUACUUUAUCUCAGUGAUGGGCUGGGAAACAGUCUCCCCAGGAAAAUAAAGAAAGCACCUCUGACAUGUAGUGUUUGCUGAUAUCUGUGGUAUAAAUUCGCCACGGCUGAUUUCAGGCUGCCAGUGGUUCAGCGCUGGCAGAAAUCCUGAACAUUAAACUCUGAUCCUGGAGCAAAUAACACUCGGCUUCAUUUGCGCAUCAAAACAACUCUUGAAGUUGGCAGGAAUGUUCCAUUUGACAGACAAGGCUUAGAUUCAGUGAUCUAUUCAAGGUCACACAGGGAGUUGGUGGCAAAGUUGGGGGCCUCCUGACCCCCCCAGUUCCCUCUGGCUUGCUGACUCAAAGUAAAACAGACUGUAGCAGUAAGCACGGAGAGGGAAGUGUAAGGAAGAACUUCCACUGUGGAAUCUUUGAGAGGCCAUGGUUUAGGACUUUUUUUCCUCCUCUUUGCCUCACUUCCUUUUAAGAUGAUUUAGGGCAAAUCAGGACUGAGAGGUUACUGGAAAAGCCCUCCAGACAUAGGGACCUCAGGAUGCUUAUGGAGGUCAGGAGGGUGUGGGGAACUGUGUGUGUGUGUGUGUGUGUGUGUGUGUGUGUGUGUGCGCGCGCGCGCGCAGAUGGGGGGCUUAGCUCCUGCGUCUCUCCCCAGGACAGCAGAGCUGGUCACCUCUCAUUCUGUACCAAGGUGUGCUAUGGCAUUGGGGGGAUCCCCAACCAGGUGGCCUCCAGCGCCACUGCCUUUUACCUGCAACUCUUCCUGCUUGAUGUGGCACAGAUCCCUGCUGCCCAGGUGUCACUUGUCCUGUUUGGAGGAAAGGUGUCUGGGGCAGCUGCUGACCCUGUGGCUGGGUUCUUCAUCAACAGAAGUAGGAGGACAGGGUCUGGACGACUCAUGCCCUGGGUGCUGGGCUGUACACCCUUCAUCACGACGGCCUACUUCCUCCUGUGGUUCCUGCCCCCCUUCACCAGCUUGCGGGGCCUCUGGUACACCACCUUCUACUCCCUGUUCCAGGCCCUGGCCACGUUCUUCCAGGUGCCCUACGCGGCGCUCACCAUGCUCCUGACCCCCUGCCCGAAGGAGCGGGACUCGGCCACCGCGUACCGGAUGACCAUGGAGAUGGCGGGGACGUUGAUGGGGGCCGCCGUCCACGGCCUCAUCGUGUCGGGCGCCCACGAGCCGCACAGGUGCGAGGACGCCGCGCUCCCCGGACCGGUCGCCGUCUCUCCCGACGCGACUCGUCUCUACUCCAUUGCCUCCGCUGUGGUUGCUGUGACCUACCCUGUGUGCAGUAGUUUGCUCUGCCUAGGGGUGAAGGAGCGACCAGGCUCCUCCGUCCCAGCCUCAGGCCCAGGCCCGAGCUUCCUGGCUGGGCUGGUGCUCACUGUCCGGCACCCACCUUACCUGAAGCUGGUCAUCUCCUUCCUGUUCAUCUCAGCAGCCAUUCAGGUGGAGCAGAGCUACCUGGUCCUGUUCUGUACACAUGCCUCCCGGCUACAUGACCAUGUCCAGGGCGUGGUGCUAACCAUCCUGGUCUCAGCUGUGCUGAGCACGCCGCUGUGGGAAUGGGUUCUACAGCGAUUUGGGAAGAAGACAUCAGCCUUUGGGAUCUGUGUGAUGGUGCCUUUUGCAAUCCUGUUGGCUGCUGUGCCCACAGCACCUGUGGCAUAUGUGGUGGCCUUUGUAUCUGGCAUGAGCAUUUCUGUGUCCUUGCUGCUACCCUGGUCCAUGCUUCCAGAUGUGGUGGAUGACUUCCAGCUGCAGCACCAGCACGGCCCAGGCCUGGAGACCAUCUUCUACUCAUCCUAUGUCUUCUUCUCCAAGCUUUCUGGUGCAGGCGCCCUGGGCAUCUCCACUCUCAGUCUGGAGUUUGCGGGGUAUGAGGCAGGAGCCUGCAAGCAGGCGGAGCAGGUGGUGGUGACCCUCAAGGUCCUCAUCGGUGCCGUGCCCACCUGCAUGAUCCUCACCGGUCUGUGCAUCCUCAUGGUCAGCCCCACUCCAAAGGUGCCCAGCCAGAACUCCUCCCGCCGGCUGAGCCUUCAGAGGCGGACCAGCUACACCCUUGCUUGAAGUCUGAGCUUGUGUGGGCUGGAACAGCAGGAGCCAGCGUCUUCUGGGCUCGAUGUUCCUCUUUCUUCUCGGCCCCUUAGCAUACUUACUUCGAAGGUUACAUGCGACCCAUCUUUUCCCCUGGGAUAUGGAGUCUUCAGUGACAUCUCCUGAAGGGACCAGCCUGGGCUCCAGUUCCCUCAGCCGUCAUUUCUUGCCUGUUGACCACAGACCAGGUCAGAGAGGCCUGUGCCCCUGACCACCCAGCUCCAGGUAACCUUGACCUGGAAAGCAUCCCAAUAGCAGCUAUUCCUGGAAAAAGGAAGCCCACAACCUGCUCACCCAACAGGACAGACACACAGACCUCUUGUUCCUCCUAAUACUCCAGUAGACAUCAGAGAGAGAGGCUGACAGACAUCGCACGAAUGGGCAGAGUGGGGACAGAUGGACAUGCUGGGGAUGUCACGAAAAGAGACACAGACAGAUGCACUGAGGCCAACAGACCCCAGAGGGAGCACAUGGGGACAGCGGUGGGGUGAGGAGACCGAGCAGGCCGCCAGAGGCGUUUCUCAAGCCUUUCUCUUUUGUUCAGAUAACACUGUUUCUGGAAAUGGACACAGGCCGAUAUGGAGCCAUCAAAGAUCAAUCAUUUUUAUGAACAAAAGUUCUUUUUGUGGAAAUAUUUUUUUGAAAUGGUAUCUUAUAAAAAGCACAGGGACCACAGUUUUCUGAAGGCCAUAUCUUUGAGGAAGAAAGAUCCACUGAGGUUUAUUUUUUCAAAAAAAAAAAAAAAAUUAAAAGGUUUAUCUUCUAUUGA